AUGAUUUUCGACUGGAUUCACCGCGCCGUCUCGCCUUUUAUUUAUACGCUCCCCACCCCAAAUCCAUUUCAAUUACAAGCCGAGGACAAACAAAAAUCUAAGCGAAAGAGUCUGAAGUAUGGUGUCGAGUUGGAAUACGUGUUGGCAUUUCAUGAUCUAGAACUCAAUCUUACAGACCGUGAGGGGCAUGGCCCUAACCAUGGAAUCGAGAAAAACGUUUCAUUAGCCAUUCGUCGCGACCCAGCAUGGAGUCCAGCGGUUAACGUGCCCUUUGGAAGACUUGCCAACAUUAUCUACAAUAGUUGGGCCAUUCGCAAAAAUAAUGUCAAAAAUGAAGACGAGAAGAAGGAUGUAUCUAAUCUAAGGCCAUAUAAUCUCGAACCACAAGAAAUAGUCUUCAAUAAACUUAACAACAAGGUUGCAUGGCUUCAAGGCAAUAUCAAGCACAGUGGUUUGCGAAAAAGGAAGGAUAAAACUGAAGGGUCCUACGAUCAAUGGAUUAUUUCGACAGAUUUAACGGUUGUCGGCCAAGGUUCCGCAAAUCUGUAUAAAUGGAUACCACGUAUCUCUGGCAGAACUUCUAAACGAUGGGAUUCUUAUGGCAUAGAAGUGGUAUCUCGAGUCCUCGAGAGUAACAACCAUAGAGAUACCGCCGAGCUUGAAGAAAUUGUCAAAGCGCUCAAAGGUACCGGAGAUGAACUAUAUGAAGGCUUCGUAACAAAUCAAUGUGCCCUACAUGUGCAUGUCGAGGCCCCCGACCUUGCUACACUGAAAGAGUUGGCUUGUAUUUUGCUGAUAUACGAAGAGGAGAUCUCAAGGCUACACCCUAGAUGUCGUCGUCCGGGUCAUCCUGUUGCAAGGGGCAACCUCAUCAGUAAUCGCUUGCACACGCUCCUGGGCGCGGAUUAUGUCACAUAUGAGGAAACAAUCCAUGAAAUUUGGGAUCAGCGAGCGGAGACAUCUCUCUAUAGAAAACAAAGAACAAUUCAACAGAUUCGCGAUGAAGUUGAUCAACUGAGGGAUGAGAAGGAACUUGCUGGUUACAUGUGUUUUCCUCUGACAUACGCAAAUAGACUGGUAAAUUUCCUAUCAUUGAGAUCCUCAUCACGGGCUCAUACCAUUGAGUUCCGACAAGCUCGCGGUUCCCUCAAUGUAAAGGAUGUCACUCAAUGGGUCGAUUUCUGCUUGAGCUUGGUGCAGCUUGCAGAAUAUUAUGUUUCCAAUCCAGACGACAGAAUCCAAGAAUGGCCUGGUGAGAAUGAUGAUGCCAUAGAAGAGGUUGAUAUAUUCAGAUUAAUGGAUGUUAUGAAGCUGGAUGAAAGGAGUGUAAACUUUUGGAGAGGCAAAGUUGCUAAGUAUAUGGGAUUUAGAGAGGAGGACAACCGAAGUGACACUGAAAAGCUUCCCGGGGAAAAGAAGAAGAUAACCCCCAAGCCCCCUGGACCACCUAAACCGCCUGGAGAACCACCUAAACCGCCUGGAGGACCACCUAAGCUACCUGGAGGCUCGCCAUCAGGUGGAAUGCCUCCGCCUCUGCCACCCCCAGGUGGCCAAACAGGUGUGGUGACAUAUCCUACUUUACCGGGACUAUCGCCCGUACAGAAGCCAACCCCAUUGAUAGUACCUCCACUUUUCUCUCCGACUCGGAAAAUAAAGAAACUCCCAAGACGAAAACCCGCAAGGCCUAAAAAACCGAGAGUAGUGUCGGAAGCUAGAGCUAGGUUGAUGAAAAGACUGGAAGAGGAAGCCGGAAAUAAUUCUUAUUUUGAUGUAACCGCCGGUGGAGGAUCCGGUAUCCCCCCAGCCAAAAGCGCUAUGGAAUCACUUGCUGCAUACUUCAACAUGACUACCAGCGAUCUAGCCACGGCACUUCCAAUAUAUCCUCGACAACCAAAACCUCAAAAACCUCCACCAUCGAAGCCUCCGCCAAAAAUUCCCCCAAAAGUCCAGCCAGAGCCAAGUUCACAACCCAAUCAACCAUCACAGAAACCGAAGCCUCGAGUGACUCCCUCUAAGCCAACGCAGGAAAAUGUAGGAGCUGGUGGUAAAGUGCAGUACCCUAAAAUUCCGUCAGACGGAACAGACAUAGAUAAUCCAGAUUACGUGCCUGAUGAUGACAAACCUGUAUCCCCCAAACCUUGGGUAGACCCAGGCUAUGAUUCAGAUUACGAUAUUAUACAUGGCGUUGGUAUAUAUAGUGAUCUUCCAUCAGAUAAGCCUUGGCAUAUAGAUACAGGUGUCUAUGUACCCAAACAAGAUACACCAACUCCUUUCAAAACAAGGCCAAAAAUCCCAAAACCGAAAAUCGAAACGCAAGUAGAACAACAAGAAGAAGUGCCGCCACAUGACACCGACGACGAUCACGAAGGUGUGAUCACAGGAACAUCUAAACCUUCAAAGCCUAAACCUCCAAAGCCUAAACCUUCAAAACCUAAACCCAUCGAGGUCAAGAACCCACCACCUGGAGCUGUACCCAAACUUCCUCCCAAGGUGGGCGGUCUUAGCUGGUUUAGCGGCCUUUCCACUUCAAAUACUAGAAAUGUAGGACCCAAAGUCACAACUGCCCCGAUAAAUCGUACAACCCAUCAUCAAGUGCCAGCUACACCGGUGAAACCGCAAGUCACUGGAGCAACAACGGAAGUUAUUUAUCCUUCACUCCCUGAUAUAGACAGGAAGCUUCCUGGGAAAAGACCCGCAGAAGAGACCUUAAAUAAGAAAGAUCAUAAGAAAAUCAAACCCACUCCUAAGCCUGUGCCUGUGAUAGGACCUGUCCCUUCUUCGAGCAAAAGACCACCAACAGGCAGACCCUUACCAAGCGAAAGAGAUCCAAAAAGACCGAAGACAUCUCCUCCAUCCACUGCCUAUAAGCCUACAGGAUCGCUGACAGUCGAUGGGGUCCUUGAGCUUCUCGAAAGUCUCCAAUUUUUGGAAGAUGAAUCGAUCCGUAGAGAAGCAAUGGAGCAAUUGCACAACACUGAUGACGCGAAUAAAGCAAUUAUAGCCAAGGCCGUCUCCAUCUUUUCAGAUAGCCAUCAAUCGUGGCUUCCAGAUCACGCAAAGACACACAACGCAGAAGAUGCUGCGGUGGAAGAAGCUAAAAGGUUACAGAUGAUAGCCGACGAGCGCUAUGCAAUUAGCAUACACCAGGAUGAAGAAUACGGGUUAUUAGACGAACAUGGAAAGACGUUUGUCGGUGCCGAGCUCCGAGUCGAUCACCCUAAGCCCACAAAAAUUGGGCUAGAGGAGCUUGAACGUAUCAACGCUGGCACGAUCCAUGAGAGGUUGAGGAUAAAGAAUUUUUCUAGGAAUGAAUGGGAGAAACUCUUCACGACAGCAAUAGUUUCUGGCAAGUUUGGUACAUGUGGCGCUGCAGCUGUGGUAUUGUCUCUUCACAACCAGUAUCCUAACGAGCCAUGGACGCGAGGCUUAACCAAUGAGAGCUUUUUAAGGGACUGGGUUGAAACGAUUCCAAAAGUAGGGGACCAACAAAGAAUGAACUAUUAUGACGAAGAUCAGCUCAAUAACGCUCUCAUGAGAAUGACAAACGGGCAGCUCCAACUUGCCGUGACUCAUCAAGGUCUGGAGAACUAUUUCAUGUAUGGUCCCCCGGAAUCUGCCCUUCUCACCUUACAUGGUGAGCCGGCUAGAUACCUGUAUGUACAUUUAACUCAUAUGGCAUUUAAAGAAGGGCCCGGGGGCGCACCAUACCAGCAUUUUGAAGGAAUGAAGAGAAAACGAGGAUACAAGGAGCAUAAGUAA